AUGGGUCCCUCGCCUCUAUGCCCCUUUCCUUCAUGGGAUCGCCCGAUUUCCAUUGAGAUGUUCCUCCCCACCCGGGCAAGACUAACUAGUAGUUCCAAAGAAAGGAGCAUCUGGCAUAGGCAGCAAGCCUUCCCAAGGCUUUCUCCGGAUGAUCGGUUCUUUUUUUCUUUCACAUGUAGGUUCCUCCGCAGCAAAGAUGGUUGGCUUGCGCUCUUACUUGGAAGUGGUCUCAGUAGCGAAGUCAAUAUAGAGGGUAGUCCUCCUAGCUAG